GGACGAUACAGAGAAGAUUAGCAUGGCCACCGCUGUGCAAAGAAUAUCGUUGGGUCCCCUCGCCACAUUGUCGCCCUCGUUCACCGCGCUGACAUUGGGCGGUCUUGCUGUAUAUUCCCGUCCCUUGAUCCCGUGGCAAUGCGCACAAGCGUUGGGCAAAACCCGUCGUAUCGUAGCCCAAAGGAAGCAAGCACUCCGCCGAAGCCUCAGCGGGUGGAAGCUUGUGGCUGUCGUGAUUGUGUUCCGGCGGAGGAGAGUCCGACCGAGAGGAGAGAGCAUCUACCGCAUCGGCUUUGAGGAAGCUCUUUGAAGUUUGAAGUUUCGUGCACAGGCUCAAGAAUCUCUGGUGCAACAAUCACCUUGCCUUAUUGUUGAACUGUGUUUCAUUCCUCUCGAUCGCCUGCUUGUUACUCACCCAAAGAUGACGGCAGCAAGUGUGUGUUGUUCCUCUCUGACUCUGCCUUCACCGGCUAUGGCGGCAGAGAGGACUGGCUGCACCGCCCUCCAAAGGGAUGCGUCAAUCUGCCGCACUGUCCAGGGGACGUCGAUGACAGCAAUGACAUCCUUGUCACUACCGCCGAGGCGACAGGUCUCCUCCCCCAGCAUGUCUGUGGAAAGAAGAACCUCAGGUCUCUUGUGCUCAACAUCAGGUGGCAAGGUCUCUAUCGGGAAGUCCUUUGGCGUUGACAUUGAUCACACGAGAGCUAUGGCGCCUUCUCGACGUUCCGCAAGCGCAGGUGUGCCCGUGGCCCUAUUUUCCGGAGGAAAGAAACAGAAGUUCAUCAAGAAAGAAGACGAACCAAAAGAGUACUGGCAAACGGCAGAUGAAAGAUCUGGGAAAUCACCAUUGCUGUCCCCAAUAUCCACCCACCUCUCUAUCAAGCUGGCCGAUGUUCCUAGCAAAGCUCUUGGCGAUGGGAGUGUCUAUAUCUGUGUUGCGCCGCGCCAAAGCAGACGGUGGUCACCUGGUAAUCAGCGGACAAGAUCUGUCCACAUGGCGGCUGUAGACUUGUCAGAGUCGACGGCUGUGGCUGAGACAAAGCUGAAGCUGGGAUCGGGAUUGCUCAAGGUUGUUGGGGACGAGUGCAAGCGCGAUGGUGGGCUUGCUGCAGCAGGCAUGGUGCAGCUCUUUGCGCAUAUUCAGCUAGCGGUUAAAUCUGUAUCAUCGGUUGUUUCCCGGGCAUCGUUGGAGGGUUUGAUGGGAUAUUAUGAGGAAGUGGGAGAUGGAGGAAGAGGAGGAGGAGGAGGAGGAGGAGGAGGAGCAGAGAGAGACAAGCAGAAGAAACUGGAUGUGGUCGCAAACGAUAUUGUGAAGAGGGUGUUGGCCGACUCGGGGGUGGUGGCUGCUCUAGCCUCAGAGGAGGACGAGGAACCGGUCUUUGUGGCAAAUGGUGGCGAAUACGUGGUUGUGUUUGAUCCUUUGGAUGGUUCUAGAAACAUCGAUGCUUCCAUUCCGACGGGCAUGAUCUUCGGCGUGUAUGCGAGGAUUGGGACCCCAUCUGGAUCAUCAUCAGCAUCUACAACUGAGUGGUCCCUUGCCAAUUCGCUUCAGCCAGGGAGUACGCUGCUAGCUGGAGGAUACGCCCUGUUCUCAUCGGCCACGAUGCUGGUCCUGUCGUUGGGACAUGGAACACAUGGUUUCACACUUGAUACGUCGUUGGGUGAGUUUCUGUUGACGCAUCCCAAUAUUCAGAUACCAAAAAGGGGCCAAAUUUAUUCAGUGAACGACGGAAGGUACUUUGAUUGGCCGCAAGGUCUUCGCAACUACAUCGAUGACAUCCGUCAGGGGAAGGGUCAGAACCCGAAGAAAUACUCUGCUCGGUAUAUCUGCUCUCUGGUGGCGGAUGUGCACCGAACACUUCUCUAUGGCGGGAUCGCCAUGAAUCCUCGCAGUCAUUUGCGCCUCGUAUACGAAUGCAAUCCAAUGGGUUUCAUUGUGGAGCAGGCAGGUGGAAAAGCCUCCGAUGGGAAGCGGCGGAUCGUCGACAUCAAGCCGUCCAAGUUGCAUGAAAGGUUGCCUCUGUUUCUCGGAAGUUUCGAUGAUGUACAUGAGCUCGAGAGCUAUGGCGACGUUCAGCAGGUUGUAAACCCAGGCUAUCAAGUGUAAAAAGUACGAGGAAGCUCUGUUUCAUAAUUUCAUUUGUGUGUAACCUCCUCACACGUCUUGUUUUUCAUGUCUUCCUCUCAGUAACAGCAAACAGCGCGCUUGCGCUUGGCUAUCUUUCUCGCAGCAAAACCUCCCUUAUUCAUGUUGCUCGUCCUUAUUACGACAUCCUUUGGAAGUUCUCUUUCCGUCCGUUCAGGUUUGAGUAGUGAUCUAUGCUUGGCUUUUCUUAGCCCUUCCCAUUGCCCUCCCCUCUCAGUCCUUUUUCUUUCUUUCCUUUCUUGUGUGUGUGUAUUGGGGAGGGGGGAGAAGGGGGAGAGAGGGUAGAUAUGUCACAUUUUCACCACAGAAAACCUGUUUGUUCCAUCUUCAUAAUGACUGUCUUUGCACUCUUUCUGUCAGCAUUCAUGUUGUUGUCAGCUUUCUUGGCCUUCACUCCCCGAAGAGUAUGUCGUGUUUUCUCUAGAGGGCAGAUUUGUUACAUUUUUCACCACACCAAGCCUGUUGGUUUCGGCUUCAUAAAAUCAAUCUUUUUCAGUUUCUCUCAACAUUUACGUCAACUUUCUUUGCCUGCUCUCUACGGAGCGAAAGUUGCAUUUCCCCCCAGAUCAAGCGUCUUCUUCAUAACAACAAUCUCUGCACUCUGCCUCUCUGCAAUUGCUUGACUGCACCCUCCCGAGGGUGGUGUGAUGUGUGUCUGACAGCAACCCUUCUAUCAAGAUGCAGUAUUUUACUAUUUUUGUCUUUGUUUCUUAUUUAUUUCCCAUCCAGCUCAACAUAAAUUCACAUUAUGAUAACCUAAUGAAUCUGAUCCCAAGAC